GUGUUGCGACAUUUCAAACAGUGAAGGGCAGUCGUGAGAACGAAAUGAGGGGUUUAAUUCGGUGAUGCUCCUCCCGGGAGCGCGCUGGCUGCGCUGGCGCUGCGGCGCGGAGGCGCGCGCGGCGCUGGCCGUGGGCGCGCUGUGCGCUGCGUGGUUCUCGUGCUCGGCGCUGGGCAACGUCGUGGGCAAGCUGCUGCUGACGGACUUCCCGCGGCCACUGACGGUGGCUAUGGCUCAGCUGGCUUGCACGGCUCUAUGCUCCGCGCCGAUAGUGCUGCGCGAGCGCGCGCCGCCCGUGCGCCCGCUGCUGCGUGCGCUACUGCCGCUGGCGCUGGCCAAGUUCUUGACGACGCUGUGCUCGCAGGUCUCCAUAUGGAAGGUGCCGGUUUCCUACGCGCACACAGUAAAAGCGACGACGCCGCUCUGGACAGCGGGCCUAGCGUGGCUACUCUUCGGCGAGCGGCAGCCGCGCGGUGUCGCAACGUCGCUCGUCCUCAUCGCCGCCGGCGUCGGUCUCGCAUCCGCCACUGAGAUGCACUUCGAUGCAGCUGGCUUAUUCUCAGCCCUCGCCGCUGCCGCGCUACUCUCACUACAACAUUUAUACUCAAAAAGGUUGCUAGCGAGAGCCGGUUGGUCACCACUUAGAGUCUUAGCAGCUUUAAGCGCGCUAGCGGCGGUCAUGUUCUUCCCUAUUUGGGCGUGGAGCGAUGGAGCUGCGUUACUAACCCAACCUAUUCCUCCUCGCUCAGCGGGAUUACUACUAUUAGAUGGGGUACUUGCGUGGUUGCAAGCGGCAGCCGCCUUUAGCGUAUUAGCACGCGUGACUCCAUUAACAUACGCUGUAUUAUCGUGUGGCAAGCGAGUCCUAGUUGUAGGUGCUUCGUUGAUUUUAUUAAGGAAUCCAGCGCCGCCUUUAAACAUAGCUGGCAUGGCGUUGGCGGCGUUAGCUGUGCUACAGUAUAAUCGUGCGAAAUUAAACGCGCGGGAGAUGACGGUGGAUGCCGACCUCGGUAUUUCACGAGAAGGUUCCCGGACUGACGCGGAGGCAGUAGCCCGCGAAGCGGAGGCAAUCAACCCCGACGGCCUGAGCCCUGCGCAGAUGGCCGAGCUGCGGGCCAAGGCCUCCAACCAUACCUUCCAGACCGAGGUCAACCGCAUGAUGAAGCUGAUCAUCAACUCGCUGUACCGCAACAAGGAGAUCUUCCUUCGUGAAUUGAUCUCCAACGCGUCCGACGCUCUCGACAAGAUCCGUCUCCUGUCCCUCACGGACCGCAAGGUGUUGGACGCGACGGAAGAACUCGGAAUCCGCAUCAAGGCGGACCCGGAGCGCAGGCUACUGCACAUUAUCGAUACUGGGCUCGGCAUGACCAAGAACGACCUGGUCAAUAAUCUGGGCACCAUCGCCAAGUCGGGCACGGCUGACUUCCUGUCUAAGAUGCAAGAUGCUGAAAAGAGCGGCGGCCAGGAGAUGAACGACAUGAUCGGCCAGUUCGGCGUGGGCUUCUACUCGGCCUUCCUCGUCGCCGACCGCGUCACCGUCGUCUCCAAGCACAACGACGACGUGCAACACGUGUGGGAGAGUGACGCCAACUCCUUCAGCGUGGCCCCUGAUCCAAGGGGAGACACCCUCAAACGCGGCACUCACAUCACGCUGCACCUGAAAGAGGAAGCUGCCGACUACCUUCAGCCCGACACCAUCCGGGCGCUCGUGAAGAAAUACUCGCAGUUCAUCAACUUCCCCAUCCACCUGUGGGCCUCGCACACCGAGACCGUUGAGGAGGCCGAUGAAACCACCCCGGCUGGAGAUGAUGACGAUGCUCAGGUCGAGGAUGUCACAGAAGAGAAAAAGGAAAAAAAGAAGACGGAGCGCACCGUCUGGGACUGGGAGCUCAUGAACGACAACAAACCCAUCUGGACCCGCAAGCCCGCAGAGGUGUCCGACGAGGAAUAUGUCACCUUCUACAAGUCGCUCACCAAGGACACCAGCCCACCGCUUGCCAAGGCUCACUUCGUGGCCGAGGGCGAGGUGUCGUUCCGGGCGCUGUUGUUCGUGCCCCGCGCGCAGCCGGCCGACUCCUUCAACCGCUACGGCUCCAAGACUGACCACAUCAAACUGUUCGUGCGUCGCGUGUUCAUCACUGACGAGUUCAACGACCUCAUGCCCAACUACCUCGCUUUCAUCCAGGGCCUGGUGGACUCGGACGACCUGCCGCUCAACGUGUCCCGAGAAACGCUGCAGCAACACAAACUGAUCAAGGUCAUCAAGAAGAAACUCGUCCGCAAGGCCCUCGACAUGCUCAAGAAGAUCCCCGAUGAUGAGUAUGAGGGCUUCUGGAAGGAGUACUCCACCAACAUCAAACUGGGAGUAAUGGAGGACCCUAGCAACCGCGCUCGUCUCGCCAAGCUGCUGCGUUUCCACUCGUCUGCCUCCGAGUCCAUGACGUUCAUGGCCGACUACGUGUCCCGCAUGAAGAAGGGCCAGAACCACAUCUACUACAUCGCCGGCUCCAGCCGCGCUGAGGUGGAGAAGUCUCCGUUCGCCGAGCGCCUAGUCCGCUCCGGCUACGAGGUGCUGUACCUGACGGAGGCCGUGGACGAGUACUGCCUCGGCGCUUUACCCGAAUACGAAGGAUUCAAGUUCCAGAACGUCGCCAAGGAGAUAUUCGAUGUUAACGAGAGCGAGCAACAGAAGGAGCGGUGGGAAUCAUACAAGGAGCAGUUCCAGCCGCUGACCAAGUGGCUGGACCAGCAGCUGCACCAGUUCAUCACUCGCGCCGCCGUGUCCAAGCGGCUGGCCAAGUCCCCGGCGGCGCUCGUGGCCACGGUGUUCGGCUGGACCGGCAACAUGGAGCGACUCGCGCUGUCUAAUGCGCAUCAGAAGGCUGACGACGCGCAGCGCAAGCACCACCUCUCCCAGAAGAAGAUGAUGGAGAUAAACCCGCGCCACCCGCUGGUGCAGGAGCUGCUGCGGCGAGUGAACGACGCUCCCGACGACCCCGCCACCAAGCUGGCCGCCAUGUCGCUCUACCGCACUGCUGCACUCAGAUCCGGCUUCAUGCUGCAAGAAGGGCAGGCGGUAGAGUUCGCCGAGUCCGUGGAGCAGAUGCUCGCGCAGUCGCUCGGCGUGCCCGCCGACGCCGCGCCUGAGGACGACGACUUCCUCGACGCCGGCGCCGACGCCGACGCCGACGCCGACGAGGUGCCCGCCGAGGACCAUGACGAACUGUAGGUGCUGUAAGACUGUAUGA